UUUCUGCAUGCUCACCCCUAAUACUAUGCAGCCACGCAUAUCUGUCCCCAUACCUUCCCAUUCUCCCCCCUCUCUCUCUUUCUCUCUCCUCUAUAUCCCUUAUAUAAAAACCCUCUCUCCCCUUUCUAAAAUUCCGAGUUCAUCUACACCAUCUCUCACUUUUGUGUAAAAGAAAAAACAACAGGAAAAAAAAAAGGAAGUCCUGGUAUCUCAUUGUUUGUUGCAUUUAAAGUUGUUGCUUUUGAAGAAAUUCUUAGUAAGAAUGGGAAGUGUUUGUGCUGAGCACCACCACCAUCACUACCACCAUCAAACCCACAAAUUCCACCCUCUUAUUUCUCCCAAAAAAGCCCUUCAGGACCUUUAUAUCCCACCUAGGAAACUCCUCUCUCGCCGCUCCGAUGCGGCCGAAUACUACUCUCCCUCCUCUGAGGCUGCUGCUUCACUGAUGCAUAAGUUCCUCCCUUGCAACGGUGAUUCUUCUCCUACUGGUGGAGGGUCUGAUGACGCUUUUGACCCGGAUGACGACCCUUACUCGUCUGAUGAGUUCCGGAUGUAUGAGUUUAAGGUAAGGAAAUGCACUCGAAGCCGCUCCCAUGAUUGGACUGACUGUCCCUUCUCUCACCCUGGGGAGAAGGCUCGCCGUCGUGACCCACGGCGGUUUCACUACUCAGGGACUGUUUGCCCCGAGUACCGUCGGUCAGGGAGCUGUUCUAGGGGAGAUGAUUGCGACUUCGCGCAUGGAGUUUUCGAGUGCUGGCUUCACCCUGCUAGGUACAGGACCGAGGCGUGCAAGGAUGGGAAGAAUUGCAAGCGUAAGGUAUGUUUCUUUGCUCACUCUCCUCGUGAGCUUAGGGUUCUCCCCGCUGAAGAAGACGGUGAGGAGAGGGAGAAUUGUAGUCAACGAGGGCACAACGGUAAACAUCAGCAUCAGCAACAUUGUUGUAGGUAUUGUUGUGCGCUUUCUCCUACUUCAACUCUAUUGGGGUUAUCAAACUUUUCUCCACCAAUGUCUCCCUCUCUUUCACCUCCAAUGUCGCCAAUGAAGGCGGUGAGUGCACGAGGACUUUCCGGGUUCUCCCGAUACUCGGAUCGAGUUGCUGCAUGUGGAAGUAAGGGGAUGAGUUAUGAGGAUAUGGUGAUCGCUGAUCUGUUGGGAUCACUGGAAGGCAUGAGUUUAUCCGAAGCAAUGAGCCCGGCCAAUAAGGCCGGGCACAGCCGUGGAUUGUGGGUUGAUGUGGGUGGUUAUGAUAAUGGUGUUGGUGAGGAUUAUCAGCAACAACUCCCGCAUCAACAGAUGCAGUUUUCUCUCUCUCCUUCAACUCCAAUUAACAAUCAAUCUGCUUUCACUUCUUCCAGGAAUUAUUUCAGUGCUGCUAACGCUGAUUCUUCUGUUUCUGGCGUUGUCAACAACAACAACAAUAGUUUUGAUGAGAGUCCGGAUCUUGGUUGGGUCAAUGAUUUGCUUAUGUAGAUGAUUUUGGUUCUGAUGAUCAUAAUGGUGGUGGUGGGUAAUGAUGCAUGAUGACGCAUGAGGAAGAUGAGAUGCGUAAUGAGAAGGCUGAUGAUAAUGGGAACAAUAAUAAUAAUAAAUAAUAAUAUAAUAUUAAUAAUAAUAAUAGAAGGCUAAGUUGGUGACUUGGUGUACAUAAUUUUGACGGGGUACAUAUCUUUUGCUUUGGCCUUCUAAGAUGAUAAGUGUGUAUUGACGGAUGGAAGGAGAAUUUUCCAUGUAUUUUUGUGCUUCAUUUUGAUUUUAAUCCAAUCGGAUUUGUAUUUUUAAUUUUUUUGUCGUUAUUUUUACUAGGAUUUCCCGAAUCUUUUGGGUCUUUUUUUCGAAUGUAUCAAUAUGGAUGGUAUGUACUUUUGUUGAAUACUAAUAAGUAUUAUUAUGAAUAAUAUAUGAACGAUUAUAUUUUGUAA